CACUCUCUUCGCGGCCGCGCUUGGCCUUUCCUAGGCUCCGUAGCGGCCCCGCCUCUGUCUCUAUCUGUCCCUUCUCGGCCCCCAUACGCCGCGGCGCUUGUGUUGGUGGGUGCAGGAUGGGUCAAAGUCAAAGUGGUGGACAUGGUCCUGGUGGUGGCAAGAAGGAUGACAAGGAUAAGAAGAAGAAAUAUGAACCUCCAGUUCCAACUAGAGUGGGGAAAAAGAAGAAGAAAACAAAGGGACCAGAUGCAGCCAGCAAACUCCCACUGGUGACACCUCACACACAAUGCAGACUCAAAUUGUUGAAAUUAGAGAGAAUUAAAGAUUACCUACUUAUGGAGGAAGAAUUUAUCAGAAAUCAGGAACAGAUGAAACCUUUGGAAGAAAAGCAAGAGGAAGAGAGAUCAAAGGUGGAUGAUCUGAGAGGAACCCCAAUGUCUGUAGGUACCCUGGAGGAGAUUAUUGAUGAUAAUCACGCUAUAGUGUCUACAUCAGUGGGAUCUGAACACUAUGUCAGUAUUUUGUCUUUUGUGGACAAAGAUCUUCUAGAACCAGGCUGCUCUGUUUUGCUCAAUCAUAAGGUUCAUGCGGUGAUAGGAGUCCUGAUGGAUGACACAGAUCCUUUAGUAACAGUGAUGAAAGUGGAGAAGGCCCCUCAGGAGACUUACGCUGACAUUGGUGGCCUUGACAACCAGAUUCAAGAAAUUAAGGAGUCUGUGGAGCUUCCUCUCACCCAUCCUGAGUAUUACGAAGAGAUGGGUAUAAAGCCUCCCAAAGGAGUAAUUCUGUAUGGCCCACCUGGCACAGGUAAAACCUUACUAGCCAAAGCAGUGGCAAACCAGACCUCAGCAACCUUUCUGAGAGUUGUUGGCUCCGAGCUUAUACAGAAGUACCUAGGUGAUGGUCCAAAACUUGUCCGUGAAUUGUUCCGCGUAGCUGAGGAGCAUGCUCCAUCGAUCGUCUUUAUUGAUGAAAUAGAUGCCAUUGGUACAAAGAGAUAUGACUCAAAUUCUGGUGGUGAAAGAGAGAUCCAGCGUACGAUGCUGGAGUUGCUGAACCAGUUAGAUGGGUUUGAUUCCCGUGGGGAUGUGAAAGUUAUCAUGGCCACAAACAGAAUAGAAACAUUGGAUCCAGCCUUAAUCAGGCCAGGGCGUAUUGAUAGGAAAAUUGAGUUCCCCUUACCAGAUGAAAAGACCAAGAAGCGCAUCUUUCAGAUUCACACAAGCAGGAUGACUUUGGCAGAUGAUGUAACUUUAGAUGAGCUCAUUAUGGCUAAAGAUGAUCUGUCUGGCGCAGAUAUUAAGGCCAUUUGCACAGAAGCUGGUUUGAUGGCUUUGAGAGAACGCAGAAUGAAAGUAACUAAUGAAGACUUCAAAAAAUCAAAAGAGAAUGUUCUCUAUAAGAAACAAGAAGGCACCCCAGAGGGGCUUUAUCUUUAGGGACUUCUCUCUCUCAAAAUACCUGAAACGGCAACAGAUGUUUCACUGGCCUCAGCAUAACAUCUUAGCCUCUAAGCAUGGACUGUGUUUAGUUGUAAGUCUAUAAAAUACUUAUUCAAUUAAAAAAAAAUCAAUUCUGAAACAAAAUGUUUUAUUUAGAAAAUGUCUGUCAACACAUCAGACAUGUAUUAAAUUGCCUAGUUACCUAUUA